AUGAUUGCCAAAUGUUCAAAACCCAGAAGGCGCCUAGAAACUAAACAGGAAACUAGGAGGAGUGGUAGUCCUGAGCAACGGCACCGAGCAAGUGGCCGCCAAAACGAUGGGAACAGGGCGCCCCCAAAAGGCGAUAGGGACAGAGCGCCCAUAGGAGAAAUUUGGACAAUAGCAGGGGGCUUUGCAGGAGGCGGGGUAUCCACAUCCAGUCGGAAGGCGUACACACGAAAGGUAAGAUAUGAAGAAGUAUAUGUAGAGAACAAAGCUCCCAAGCAGCAUAAGCUUGGUGGUGAUCAGGAGGUAAUAUCCUUCGGAGAGGCAGAUUGGGAAGGAGUACUAUACCUGCACGACGAUGUUUUGGUGAUCACCCUUGUACUAACCAACUAUACGACCAGACGGAUACUAAUCGACAACGGAAGUUCUGCCGAUAUACUAUUUUGGGAGGCAUUCAUCAAAAUGGGUAUCGACGUCGGUAAACUGAGGCCCUCCUCGACACCAUUAAAGGGUUUCUCCGAGGACACGAUCCAGCCCAUUGGAGCUAUCACCCUUCCGGACAGUGACAUCCACAUACCACCUCAAGAUAAAGUUCCCAACCGAAAACGGGUGGGGGAGUCGCAAGGCGAGCAAGCUUUGGCACGGGAGUGCUAUGUGCAAGAAUUGAGAAAGGGCCAGAGCAAGAGCCACGAGGAAUUGCCUGGCAUAGAUAACGACAUCAUUGAACAUUGCUUGGGCGUGGAUUCCGCGAGCAAGGCAGUGCAACAGAAAAGAAGGCCGUUCAGUGUAGAGAAGUACGCCGCCAUUAACAAGGAGGUAGAGAGUUUACUCGCCUCUGGUUUCAUCAAGGAAGCUCAUUAUCCAAAAUGUCUACCCAACGUGGUCUUGGUGAAAAAGGCAAAUGGAAAGUGGAGAAUAUGCGUUGACUUCAUCAAUUUGAAUAAAGCUUGCCCAAAAGAUAGUUUCCCCUUACCAUGCAUCGACGUUAUUGUGGAUCCAAUGGCAGGGCACCGCAUGUUGAGCUUCAUGGAUGCUUACUCAGGGUACAACCAAAUACGGAUGCACGUGUCAAAUGAGGAGAAAAAUUCUUUCAUAACAGAUCGUGGGCUAUACUGCUAUCGGGUCAUGCCAUUUGGAUUGAAGAAUGCAGGGGCAACCUACCAGAGACUGGUCAACCGAAUGUUUAAAGAGUAG